CAGGAAUUGAAUUGUGCCGAGAGUCAGGAAACAUGUAAAACGUAAACAAAAGAUGUUGUUUCUCGUACGCUGUAUAUAUUGGUAGUUAUAAAACAUAACAUAAUGGAAACAGAAAUGGAAGAAUUAGUUAGUAGCGAUGAAGAUACAAUGACGGAUGAAAGAAAGAAAACAAUUUCUCUUACGAAGCAGGUGUACACGUUAGAGACAUUUGCUGAAGCAUACAAAGAUGAAGGAACAAAACAGACUGUGUUUGACAGCAUUAAGAAAUCAAUGCGAUGUUCAAAGAAAAAAGCUGGAAAGAUUCUUGGAUCCUAUCUUCCAUUUGUUGAGUUUAUUCGUACUUACAGACUGAGGCAGUAUAUCCUUGGAGAUGUAUUGUCCGGUUUCACAGUCAGUUUCAUGCACCUUCCACAAGCUAUGGGAUUUGGCAUUCUUGCCUCACUACGACCUAUCCAUGGACUCUACUCCACAUUCUUCCCCGUGCUUGUUUACAUACUGUUUGGAACAUCGCCGUAUAUAUCAUUUGGAACAAACGCUGUCAUGGCUUUGCUUACAAAAGAAGUGGUUGAGAGAGAAGCCGAUUCUUUUGUAGCGUUAUUUACAAAUACAAAUGCAUCCCAGCCUUCUGAAGAUGAAAUCAUGGACGUUAAAGUCAGUGCUUCAAUGGCAUGUUGUGUACUUGUCGGUAUUUUUCUCAUGGGAAUGGGACUCUUAAAACUAGGUAUAAUUACUACCUAUUUGUCUGUAUCUUUUAUUGGUGGGUUUACUACGGCAGCUGCCUUCCACAUCGCGUCUAGCCAAGUCCCUACAAUAUUUGGAAUCAAAGUGAAAACGUUUGCUGGGGCGGGCAAACUGGUGUUAAUGUACAUAGACUUGUUCAGUAAAAUAACACAAACAACAUUUGCGGAAGUUAUCAUCGCAGUAAUCUGUAUUACUGUCCUUCUUUUUGUGAAGAUGUGUAUCAAUGAACGAUACGAUUACAAACUUAGAAUGCCAAUUCCAAUUGAUCUUAUUGUGGUAGUAAUUGGAACAAUAAUAUCUCAUUAUGCAACGCUUGAGGACUGUUAUAAUGUAAAAAUCGUUGGGGAAAUACCGAGCGGGUUCACUAUACCAACUUUACCUAACUUCGAUAGUGCAAGCAGUUUUGUGAGCGACGCAUUUGUGAUGGCGAUAUUGUCACUUGCUAUGAGUAUUUCAAUGGCGAAGCUCUGUUCGGACAAACACGGUUUGCCAAUUGAUGAUAACCAAGAGUUGAUAGCGUACGGUGCCUGUAAUUUUGUUUCAGGAUUCUUCUAUUGUUUCCCUUCCGCUACAGCGCCUCCUAGGACAAUGAUACUGAGUUCACUGGGUGCGAGGACCACGCUUAAUGCUAUCGCUACAUCCGUGUUUUUCCUGUUGGUUAUCCUGGUUAUUGGACAGCUGUUCGUAUCGCUGCCCCUCAGUGUUCUUGCUGCAAUGAUUAUUGUUUCUAUGAAAGAACUGCUGCUGCAGUAUAGAAACUUACCCAAUGUUUGGAAAGUUAACAAGUAUGACUUUAUCAUUUGGGUCGUGACAAACUCUGUAAGUAUCCUCAUAGACCUGAAAUACGGCAUCAUAGCAGGGGUGGGAAUUUCAAUAUUUUUGACUGUAGUAAAUGACCAGCUGUCCACUGGACAUUUGAUUGGACUUUCUCAAGCUGAAGAUAUUGCGGUCAGAUAUACAGACGGCAAAAAUAUGAGAGAAACAAACGGGAUCAAGAUCUUCAAAAUUCCAACAAAUUUAUAUUUUGCAACUGCGGAGAGAAUGAAGUUUCAGAUUUUUAGGAAGGUUUUGAAUCCCAAGAAGUAUUUAGAGAAGAUGCAGCAAUUGGAAACAAUGGCAAAGAUUAUUGAUGAAGAGACACUUGUUGUGAAGAACAGUAUUUUCAUCGAAAAUGUCGGAAAACCUACUUCAGCUUGUUUGGACGUCAAGCUGAAAUCCCUGUUGCUUGACUGCUCAAUGGUGAAUUACAUUGACAUGGCAGGGAUAGCAGCUUUGCAACAAGUUGUUAGGGAAUAUAAAAAAGUACAAGUAGAUGUAUUUCUUGUUGCUGUCACAGAAAACGUUUGUGCAACUUUGGAAGCAGGCGACUUUUUCAAGAAUUUUCCCAAGAGUAAAGUUUUUGUUGAUGUGUUUGGCGCUUUUUCAGUAUUAAGUUCGUCGGCAGUUGAUUCAGUCCCAUCGCAACUAUGAGAUGACAGUUUCAAAGGACGCGAGUAGUUUUGCUGAGCAGAAAAAAAUCUGAAAUGCUGGACAAAAGAGAGUAGUAACAUCUGGAAUUAAGACAAAUUAGAUGAGAUAUUUUAGAAGGUUAAGCUUAUCCUAUACGGCGUGUAGGCGAUAACAGAGGUGUUCUUACAUACUGACAUUUUUUCGUGUAUACUUCAUGUGACUCAGAAGCUUGCAAAUAAAAUUUACACUACUUGUUUUAUUUAGUACACGCGCUGACUUCUGCUUUGUUUCUAAUUUUAAUUAAAUCACUGAGAGGACUGCUGUGGGCUGCGGUUGGCGGUUCUACUUAUGACAUGAACAGUUCGCUUUAAAGAAUCUUAUUUUAUGUGCUAAUUAAUAAUUAUGUGAGGUUUUGUGAUUGCAAUUAAAAUACUUUUGAUUAAUAAGCAUUUCAACCUUUUUGUACCAAAUUAAAAUAAAAAAGUGGAAAACCAAAGGUCGCCCUACACAAAAUAAACGAAAAUGUUGCAGGCUCGGUUUGAUUGAGCCUGUUCAUGGACGUAAGGCGAAAACACUGCUUUUACUGGUCAAGGGGUAUAAUAUAAUAUAUAAACAAAAUUCAUGUGUUAUUCAUAAUUGUUUUAGGUUUGGUUAUUCUAGCUCGAAUUCCUUUUGAAUUACAUGCAUUUUCAUUUUCUUAACAAAUCUGGGUCAUGAGGAACAAUAUCCCUCCGCCUCUGGCGUAGGAUAAGAACGCUCUGACAAAUUAUUAUGGAGAUCAAGUAGAAAUUGUGGCCUCUAGAGCGUUAACAAGGCUUUUCUAUGACUUGGCCUACAAAUAGUGACAUAGGUUUUGACCUCAAAUAACUCGGCUUCAAACUUGACAUAGAUUUCUUAAAAGUAAACUUUCUGACAAAGUUUAAUGAAGAUGAUGUUGAAAAUAUAGCUGAAUAAGUGUUAACAAGGUUUUCCCAGUAUUAAACCUAGUGAUCUAAUUAAGUGUUUGUCCGAGAUCUUAUUGAUGGUCACAUUCUAACCAAGUUUCAUUUUUGGCCAAUAUUGUGACCUUCAGAUUGUUUACAGUCUAAUUGCUAGUGACCGACGAUGACAAUGGACAAAAGACUUUCAAAAUAGCUCACACUGAGCAUUUUGUGCUCAAGUGAGUUAAAACUAAAAUCUAUAUAUUUUCCCUUUUCGGCCGCCAAAUCAUGAAAAGUGCAGCACUAAAUUAUAUUGCAAUUUAUUAUACAUGAAAGUAUUGACAAAAAUAGAUAUUCGUAUCUUUAUUUCUAUAGAAAAUCUCACUGCAAUUGAGAGUGCUAAUUAGUCACUAAAUUAUAUAUUAGAAUAUGACUCGGUUCUUCCAACCUCCGUCAAUAGUUUUGACUAGUGACCUCAACUUGAUCAAGAAAGCUGAAAACACAUUUGUUUAGGAAGUGUCAUGAACAAUGAGUGUAGUCUUGUUAAAAAUACAAAAUAGCAGAAGUGGUGUAAAAUAGUAUUUAUACAUGUCCAAAUCUCUAAAUCUAAGUUCUAGAAUGCUGUUCAUAUUUUGUGUGUAUAUAUUUUAAAUGUGUGUUAUGUAAUUGUAAAGCGCAAUAGAUAUUUUAUAAUUUUUGCGCUAUAUAAAUGCCAUGUAUUUGUAUUUGUAAGUAAUUCAGCGAGUGUAUACAUUAGUAUAUCAGGCAUAAUUUUAAUAAAAUGAACACUGUCA